CCAUAUAUUUAGAUUCCUUUUAGACAUACAAUAUCCCAAUCCUUAAGAUUUGAUCAUAGUACGAAGUAUAUCCUAAAAGAUCAUUAGUAGACAAAUUUCACCCAAUAUGAACUCAUAAUCCAAAAUUAAAACACGACGAACAUAAAUGCUUACCAAAAAACAAUACGUGGACGACUUCUUCCAUCCCAAAAAAACCCUCUAUUUAGGUCGAUUAAUCAAUCCUCGAAAGCACACUAUAAACCCCCUAAUAAAUCGAUCACCCAACCUCACUACCAUCCAAAUAAUGGAGUAACGGUCCCAAGUAGGUGCUUAUUGUCUUCAUUCUCCUCAACAUCAAGCAUCUUCAACAGCCCACCCCCCUCACCCCCUCUUCAUUUAAUUAAAUCUUUAUCAACCAACAAUUUUUAUUAAUUAUUAAUAUCUUGGUUUACUCUAAUCACUCACAUUUCAUUUUUUUUUUAUAAUAUUAUUCACAUACUUUAAAAAUUUUCUCAUAAUAAUCUCUCUCUUUCUCAAAAGCUGUUGUAUUCUGUUCCUCUCUUUCAAGUAAAGUAGCAAUCUUUCUUUCAUCCUUCUUUAUAUUUUUUUUCUGGGUUUUUUGUAUAUUCUUUUUUGAGAUCUAAAAUGGGGUUUUCCCAAUGUGAUUACACUGAUAACCAACAAAUUCUUACAAAUUCUUCAAAUGCUCUCUCUUUAAUCCCUGUUUAUAGUGAUACUAUUGACAAUGAUGAUGAUGAUUGUUGUGAUAAUUACAAUGAAUUAAAGUUUAAAUCUUUUUUGAUGAAUAUGAUUUGGGAUUUUGGGUUUGGUUGUUUUGUACCAAAAAUGGGCAAAAAUGAAGGGCAAAAGAAGAGUAAUUCAGAGCACAAUAAAGCAUGGUUACUUGCAGAAUCUGGUGGUGAUUUAGCAAACUGUGAACCUCACUCAGUUCACUCCUCUUUUAGGUUCAGUUUAUGUUCUCAAAAGGAACUUGAUUCCUUAAAAACUGCUAAUUUGAACUCUUCCACUACUAUUUUGAUGGUGAAUUUGGAUAAUAAUUCGAGUGAUUCCAACUCCAAAGAGCUAAAAUGGCGAAGGAUUGAAUCAUUGGAGAAGAGUAUUUCACCUGUUGCUAACUCUUUGAUCAGGUUUAGCUUUGCUGAAAUUCUUUCUGCUACCCGCAAUUUCUCUGAAGGUAGAGUAUUGGGCAGAGGUGCAUUGAGUUAUGUAUUUAGAGGUAGAGUUGGGUUUUUGAGAACAGCAGUGGCAGUUAAGAGGUUAGAUAAAGAGGAUAAGGAGAAUACCAAGGCUUUUUGUAGAGAGUUGAUGAUUGCAAGUUCUCUUGAACAUCCAAACAUCGUUCCUCUUUUGGGAUUUUGUAUUGAUCCUGAGGAAGGCUUGUUCUUGGUUUACAAAUAUGUGUCCAGUGGAAGCCUAGAGCGACAUUUGCACGGUAAGAAGAAGAGUGGGAAGGGUUUUGCGUCGCUUUCAUGUUCUGCAAGGUAUAAAGUUGCUGUAGGAAUUGCAGAAGCUAUUGCAUAUCUACAUAAUGGAACUGAAAAAUGUAUUGUUCAUAGAGAUAUAAAGCCCUCCAAUAUUCUUCUGUCUUCCAAGAAAAGGCCAAAGCUAUGUGAUUUCGGAUUAGCAACAUGGACUGCAGCACCAUCAGUCCCUUUCCUUUGCAAAACUGUGAAAGGAACAUUUGGAUAUUUGGCUCCUGAGUACUUCCAACACGGGAAGGUAUCCGAUAAAACUGAUGUUUAUGCUUUUGGAGUUGUCCUUUUAGAGCUUAUAACAGGCCGAAAACCAAUAGAAUCAUCAAGGCCAUCCGGAGAAGAGAACCUGGUUCAAUGGGCGAAGCCACUAAUGGACCAGGGAGGCUCAGCAUUUGACAGUUUGCUUGACCCACGAGCUAAAGUUACUCCUAAAAGUUCAAAACUUAUAACCCAAUUGGUACGUGCUGCAGCUGCCUGCGUGAGCGGUGAAGAAUCUAGUAGGCCAAGCAUCAAUGAAGCCAUCAUUCUGCUAAGAGGAGAAGGCUGCCUUGUUAAGGGUAAGGCAAGUUUAGGCAGUCGAAGAAGUUAUGUUCCUCCAAUAUUACAACGAACAAAAAGUGAAAUGAAGUCUCAUUUGGCUUUGGCUAUGCUUGGAGCAUCUGAGCUGGAAGAUGAUGAUUUCCUUUAUGGUCGAUGACACUAAUGAAAGUCCUGUGAACUUUUUUUGUUUGUGUGUGAAUGGCUGUCCAUUUUCUACAUCAGCGUUGUUUAUUGUUCUCCGUUAGUUGACUAUUGAGAGAAAUUGUCAGGCUCUUUCAUCAGGGGUGAUAGGAGCAGGGGAUGCUAAAUGUUUUGUAUAGAAGUAGGAUCAGUGUGUACAUAAUUAUUUUCAAUGUGUUGCUCGAGAGGGAUCGAGCUUCUCGUUAGGAAGUUGAUUGGGGAACUGAGAAACUUAACAUUGUGAAAUUUGUCCAGAAUUUCAGAUUGAUUGAGUCUGUUCUAUAUAUAUUUUUUUUUUGACACUUCAAUUUCACAUCUGUAAUAUUAACUCUGCUGCAGUGUUGAUGCAAGAAAUUUCUGAUAAAAUGUCAAUGCACUUGACCUAUG